UCAGUUGGGUGGAAGUGAUUUAGAUUGCCUCUCGCCCUGAAAACAUCCCAUUCCCAUCAACUGUCUGCGCCACCGGUGACACUCCCGCUUAUAACAGGUGGCAGACGUCCAGGACGGACUCGAGCUCGAUUACCUCAACGGUUUGGAGGCAUUCGUUGACCUCAUCGAUCCAUUCGAAGAACUCCCGGUGAUGAAACCUCCGAUCGUUGUCGAGAUAUUUCGAGUUGUUCCUCAUCAACACUUUCGCACUUUGGCAAACACUAAUCUUCUGACAUCCACGCACAUCCAUCCACUCAACAGGUGGCAAGUGACAGCGAUGUCAUUGAGAUUAGCAGCCUUCGCAGGAGCAUCGCACAUGUCGAAGCCCCGAAACCCCGCCAGGCCGCAACCCUGCCGGAUCAACCCGGCCGAGUGUCUCAAACUCCUUCGCCGGCACCUGCGGAGUCCACUUCUCGGUCAGGAACUGGGAUUGCUCCGCUGGGGAUUGAGCCGCGUCCGCGCCAGCUUGUACAUGAAAAACCCACUGAUCGUCGCCACGGUUGGCAUGUGGCAGGCGUCACGGGAGUUCUUCCACGCGCUGGGACUUUCGGUGCACACACUGCUCCUGGAUGAAAACUCCGCCACAUACGAACCAACCCUCCUCUCUCUGCUGUCUCGUCGAACCGAAAACGUUGUUCUACGUGGCGACCCCAGGCAACUGGGCCCACGCCUGGAGACGCCGGGUGGCUUAAGUCAGCCGCUCGCGCACUCUCUUCUCGAGAGAGUUGCGCUGACAAACAUCGCUCCGUCUCUCUGGCUGCGUGAGCAGUAUCGACUGCCUGAAUCAGUGUUGAAGCUGGAUUCGUGUGGUCGCUUUACCCAAACCGAAUGCACAAAAAGGAUGAAAAGGAAAAGACAUCAAGCAAAUCGGCAAAGGCAAAAAGAACGAAAGAAGGGGAGGAGCUCAGCCGAAAGGAAACUGUUUGUUGAGUGGGUAUUGUCGACAAAAGAACUCAAGAUCCUGAUGUCUGGCCACCAUGGGUUGCUAGUCUGCGGAACCACCAUCCCCAGCGUCGAUGGUACUGCGACAAUGGACCGCCUUCGCGUGAAUGUCUUUACAGGGACAACGGACGGGAUUCACAUCGGCGAUUGACGACGACGUGCGUCUGAUUUGGGAGAAUGGAUCCCCACCUCGCCAAAUUCGCCAGUUUGGUGAAUACGCCAGAGCGAAGCCGCCGCGGGACGAUCGACAACUCAACAAUUGCACGCUCGAACGGUU